AUGACCACUCUCAACACAGGUUUACCCAUCGAUCAUCAAAUCCCAUCAAAACUAACACCAGCUCUAAGAAUAUCAAUCCAAAAAGCAACAUCAACCUUUCAAAAAGAUUUCUGUUACGAUUUUUUACAAGCGAUUGUUGAAGAACCUGAAAUUUCAGAUACAUUAGGAAUCCGAUUGUUUUUAAACUUUUGUUUAAAAAAACCUGAAACUCUUAUCGAAUCAUGGCAAGAUUCGAUUGAUCAAACCUUAGAUUCAAAUGAUUUAUACAAUUCAUCUGAUUCAAUCUUAUGUGAAAUUGAUAAUUUUUUAGAUUUCAUUGAUGGAUUCAUUCAAAUUAUCAAUACAACUGAACUAUUUAAAUUAGCUUAUCAUGAGAUAGAUGCAUGGAAUUUGUGUUUUAAAUUACUUGAUUCGAUCCAACGAAAGUUAUACGAAUUAGCUUCUCUAGAUCUAUCUAAUUUAAAAUCCGAUCCAAAUCAUCAACUUACCAUUGCUUCAGAUUCAUCAUCUUCUUCAUUUUAUCAAGCCUUCAUGUCAUUUGAUAAAUACUUAAAACAUACAUUUGAUUCAAGAGUAUUAUUAGAACCGGCAAAAUUGGUGGAUCAUCUUUCUGAUCUAAACGAAAGACAAAUCGAAUUAAAGGCUUAUCGAACUCGGUUUCCUACCAUUCAAUCUUCUACUGUCUUGACUAAAAAGUUUGGUAGGUUCGGUCGUGAAGAAUUGGCUAUUGAUCAAUUCUUAGAAUCAGAUAAGUUUAAAGAUUUAAUUAAAAAGAAAAACUCUGUAGGUGGUGCUCAAUUAACCAGGCAACCAUCUACCAGAGUAAGAAAAUCGACUACUCAAACAGAUCCACCAAUCAUCCCAACCAAAUCAAAACCAAAACGAUCGACUUCAACCCUCGAACCCGAAUCGAAUCCCAAAAGAAAAUCACAAGUUCAUCGAUCUACUAGCCAUUCAACCAAACCAAAUUCUCCUCAACCUGAUACUGGUGCUCAUAUCGAUCCUUAUUUACUAGACGUUGAAACUUCUCCUAUCUUGGGAAAACUUGCUUUUGCAGACGCUCCAAGAUCAAGUCCAAGUUCGAAUCCAUCUCCAAUCCAAUCCCCAAAACCAAAACCAACCCAACCCAAACCCCCCAACGAAUCUACUAAAAAAACGUCUUCUUCUUCUACAACAACCACUACAACCACUACCACUUCAUCUUCCUUAUCCAAACUGACUCGUAAACGAAAACCGAACCAAGAAGAUUCCAAAAAACAUGGAUCUAAUCGUCAUUCUAACUCAUCUGAUUCGAAUAAGAAACGAAAAAGUAAAGGGUUUGUUGAAGAAGAAAUCAAACAUCAAGAUAAAAAGAUCAGUAUACAAGACGAAGAUGAUGAGGAUGAUGAUGGGGAUGGGGAUGGGGAUGGGGAUGAUGAUGGGGUGUUUGUGAUUGAAAAGAUUAUUGGAGAAAGGUUAGAUGAAGAAGGUCAAGUGGUAUACAAAGUCUUAUGGGCAGGUUAUCCAGAAUCAGAAGCUACAUGGCAAGCCUUCAAUACAUUAGAAGAUUGUGCAGCUAUAGACGUUUGGGAAGAAGAAAAGAAAAGUAAUGCUCAACUUGUUAAAAAGAAUUUAAAGAAGAUCGUUGAGGAUUCAGAUGCGGAUGUGGAUGCGGAUGGUGAAGUUGAUGAAGAACUAGUGGGCAAUCGUGGUAAAUCUCCGGCUGCUAUUGUGUAG